AUUUCAGUGCGCACAAGAAGAAAUUUUGGAAUGACGUUAGAGUAAGAGAGAAGUUCUUUUUCGAAGAAAUAUCAUCUGGUAAACUCGUAAAACAAAAGGUUUUUUAGAAAUAGCUGCGAAUACAAGAAGUGCGUUAUGACUACAAGAAGCGAGGAAAAUUACGUCGGCAAAUGUAAUGAGAUACCAAAUGCGGAAAAGGAUCUCGUUUAUUUCCAAAGGUAUGGACACUUUUAAUUGAUUUUACCUUUUUUGUGGGUUGUUUCAGUUACCCUAAAAUUAUUUGUAAUAUCUUUUUAAUAUCAAGUACUUCAAUUUUGUGCUUUGAAACCCAAAAUGUACCCGUGAUUCACACUUCGUAUAUAUACUUGAGUGGCCAUAGGACCGAGACAACUUAAUGGUGCCUCACUUUUGCUUGACAUGAAGACUCAAAGUGAAAAUAUUCGUCUCUGCCACAGAAUUUGUCUGACGAAAUAUUUUCGAGGGAUAACUUACAUAUAUUUUAAUGACAUAUUCGUAUGUGCGACAUCAUAGCCGUCCCUGGCGUUGGCCUCAGCCUUAAGUAAUCAGGAAACCCUCAAGAGUAAAGAAAGGCACGCUACUACACAAAACAGAAAGUCUUUAUAUAAGCAGAGUUCUAUACCCCAUUCACGCCAAAGCUUAAACAUCUUUUAAAACUGUUUUGCUAACCACAUAUAAUAAUUUUUUCCCGUAGUGGCUGCUUAAACCAAUGUAUGUCGAGUUCAAACGUGUCACAUUAAAAAUAAAAGUUAGCGAUUACUCGAGUCCCAUGGAAAAUUCAGUUUUUCAGUUCUCUGUUCCUGAUUAUCAUUAAGUUAAACCCAUUUUUACUGACCAAGUUUUGGCGGAGUGAAUGGGUUGUUAGUCAAGGAUACAAAUUGUAAGAAGGUUCAAGUUUAGACUUAUUGCAUAGUGUGCCGACCUUAUUGGUCCAAAGAUCCAGUUCACGAUCCGGGCUGAUUCCAAGCAAUAAAGAAAUAUUAUCGCAACAAACACUGAAACCACAAGAGAAUGAUUCUCAAUUUCCUCGUCUAUGAAGGUCGCUUGCGAUGCCGUCCAUCGAUAUUUAUUAUGCUUUAAGUGCACUAAGAGUGAUCACAAAGUUCCUUUCUACGAAUGUUUGUCGAUAGCCAUAUGUUGGUCUUCUUUUGUCCGUUUUGUCUUAAUCAAAGUCUAAAGCAGCGCGCCCAUCUUUGAAAUUAUCAAGUAAUAAGUUUUAUCGGUGUCUCAUUUUUAUUCAAUAUAAAAAAAAAACCAAACGGAAAAAUUGACAUCGUCAGGGCAUUCAAUAAAUAAUUCAAUGAAAAGGAAAUAAUUCAAUGAAAAGGAAGAGAACUUGAAGUAAAAAUCCCACGCUGAGUCUAUAAAAGGAUCUUUUCGCGUUGUGUUCCUUGUCUGAUGACUUAAUGUGUGAGUGAUGCUAAAUAAAAUAUUACAUCUUUUUUUCAGUCAACACACAGAUAUUUCAAAAUUCACCAAAAAAGCAGUGCUCAGAAAACGACAUUUGCUCCGCAAUACUUAUCUAUUCUAGUAAACAUGAUAUUACUUAUCCAAGAAUUAUUGAACUAUAAACUUGCCUCCCUUCGAAAUAACCAUGACUAUAAACAACUGAAAUGUUCCGUGUGACUUCAUGCUGUUAAAAAAUCCUAAUUCCACCUUAAAGUCUUCUAAAAGUCAUCGGUACUUAAAUUUAGAAUAAUAUCUUCAUAACUUCAUCCUUUAAAAGUAAGGAUAGAGGCCAGUAACCUUACCACUAGCAUUCCUGAGGAGAGACACCAAACCCACUACAAUAACUAUAUUGACUACACCAUGAACAGCAGGGAUACUGAGUACACCAACUGUAGGAGAUAUACUGAUUACAUCAAAAACAGCUUUACUGAACAAUCUUUCUAUAACAGCAUGACCACAUGAAUUAAAACAUUAUCACUAAAUGCAUGUAGGCACGCCAGCUUUAAUUGUCAUUCUAACGUUACAAAGUGCAACCGUUACACUGUCUAAAUCAAGUACAAAAGCUUCAAUCAUGAUACCAAGUACAACGGUUACACUGGGUACAUCACCUACAGCAGCAUCUUAGGCUAUACCAUGCACAGCAUUUGUUGAAGUCGGUGUAGCCGGAGUAGCUGUCAUGUUUGGUGUAGUCAGUAUUAUGGUAGUUUUAUUGAAGCAGUGAUCGUAACUUCCGUUCUUGGCGUUGCCAGUGUAGCUGUUAUGUGUUUGAAGCACUCUUUGCAGAUUUUGUAGUUAUUUAGUCAGUUGUUUCUGUAAUGGUGUAUCCAGCCUUUUCCAUACUUUUCCGGCCACUGGUUUAUCAGCUUUUCUAGACUCACGAAAUGACACAGAAGAUAGAGAAUGGAUACUAUUUAUAUUAACUGAAAGUAUAACACUAAUAACACUCCUAACCCUAAAUAGAUUAGUGUCACCAUAGAACCUCACUUACUGUACAUUUUCUUAUCUUUAUAAAUUUGUUUGUUUAUUUGCGAUGGAAGUCAUGACCUCACUUUUCCUGAGUUACUUCCACAAUACUAUUUAGCAAUUUCCUUUUUAAUAUAUUCAUAAUCCAUUUUAAAAGUCUCUUUUCAUCUACAUUUUAUUUUUAGACGCUCCAAAGGUUACCAACUCAUUCCAUGUCUGCUCUGGUCAUCCCUGUGCAAUUUGUAUUUGCGCCUUUUGAAACGCUUCUUUGGUUGGUACAGUGUCAGGAUAGCCAGACAUCCUGCGAGAACAAUCCAAAUAUGCGUCAUAUUCAUCGGUAUCUGUUCUGUGGGUUUUUUGUGGUUCCAUUCAGAAAAGAGAGCAGUGAAAUUGUUCAUCCCUCAAAGCAGUAGAGCCAUAGACGACUUGCAAAGUGCUGAGAAAUACUUUCGAGUCGAUUUUCGAGAGGAAAUCAUCCUUUUGGCGGCAUCACCUGGUCAUCCUAAUGUUCUUUCUCCUAAAUGUCUGAGACAGGCCUUUCAAGCUCAUAAUGCAGUUAUGGGAAUUGAAUCUUAUUCCCAGUUCUGCGUCACACUGUCUGGGAACAAAUCCAAAUCCCUAAACGAUUGUAUGAUGAUCAAUCCACUGGAAUUUCUACAGUUCAAUGAAAGUAAAGUGAGCGGCAAUAAUAUUGAACUGGUUCAACAGGAACUGAACAAGGCUUACAAUAACACAAGUUCACUUAUGCGGAAUGGACGCCCAUUCUGGUUAAACUUCAACCGAAUGUUUGGAGAUUCGACUCGAAAACAAGGAAGCAUAACAGGCGCCAAAGCAUUGCAAAUGAUUUAUCUCCUCCGUAAUCCCAAGGAUAACGAUGCAAAUGAAAAGGUUCUCCAAUGGGAAAAGGCUUUCGUAGAUAGACUGGCCUCAUUGGUAGACAAACUGUCAUGCUUCAAAGUCUAUUAUUCAAGUGAAAGGAGCAUGGAUGAUGCCAUAGGUGAAAGCACUGGGUCUGAUAUCAGUCUAGUGUCAGUCACGUUUAGCCUCAUGAUUUCUUUUGCUUGCAUCAUGCUAGGAAAGUUCUUGAAUCCGCUGACUGGCCAUUCCCUACUUGCCAACGCAGGAGUGUUUGCAGUGGCCCUUGGCAUUUCAGCCGGACUUGGCCUUGGUAUGUGGUUCCGAGUUCCCUUCAUCAGUAUGGUGGGAAUAGUGCCUUUCCUGGUUCUUGGAAUCGGCAUAGAUGAUAUGUUUAUCAUAGUAGACGAGCUUGAUCGACAACCAAGUAAGCUGUCGACAACUGAGAAAAUCAAAGCAGUUAUGAAACAUUCAGGAGCAACUGUCACAAUGACAACUAUGACAGACUUGGUAGCAUUUGCAGUUAGUACAUCCUCAUCAUUUCCAGCGAUCAGGUAAGGUACUUAUUUAAUGAUUAUAAACAGCUUUCGAGAGCUUAAAGUUUUCUUAUAAGCAUCAGGAAAUGUAAACACAUACCAUUUAACUUUGCCAACAAAUGGUCUUCGAUUUUCAAGUCUAAAAAACUUAAUCCGCUUCACUCUGGCAGAGACAGCCCGGUCCUUGCUUAAAUGAGGAAAGGUUUGAGUUCUUCUUUUGGGUGCAUUUAAAUGAAAGAGUUGUUAAACCAAACUCAUAGUUAUCACAACAGUUAAUCAGAACAGAUGAAAGAGUCAUAGGGAGAAAAACAGAAUUCAAAGUGAAAUCAAAAGUGAGUGACUAAAUCACAAGUGAACUCACUUUCGCUUUUCAUUGGAAUAGAGGCUGGUGUAAGAUUUCACUCCAAAAGGAGAGCUCAGUAAUCACCAGAUUACUAUAUACGUAAGGAAAAAGCAUCUCAAACUUUGAAAAGCAUCUCAAAACUUACAAGGAUAAUUCUUUUAACAAUCAAGAUCCUUCUUUGGUUGGUGAUCAUUUCCAUUAUUUUCCUAACCUUAAUGUGUGUUUCAAGGGUGGUAAUAAAGGGAAAUAUUAGAUGCUAGUCACUUUGGGGUAGAGGGUUGAACAAAUAUUAAUAUUGUUGAAAGAAAGAAGAGGAUCUAACUGACCUGAAAAACUUAGUUUACAGUUACAUACAACAAAAUCUUUCCCUCUAAACACCCAUGAACACAGAUUCAGUUUUGGGUAGAGGCUUAGUAACCAAUUGCUUGGAAAAAUUUUCCAAAUCCGAUAGGAUUUAGGAUCAUUUGACUUGCUAUUGACAUCUCAAUACUUUUUUAUGUAGCAAGGUGAAAUGAUGUGAACAGUGAAAUGUUUUUUUCAAAUUUUCCUCUACAUUUAAAUUUAUACAAAAAUAAAUUCUUUCAUAGGUAUUUCUGCACCUACGCUGCUCUGACAGUGACAUUUUCCUUCUUGAUGGUUGUCACAUUCUUUGUUGCUAUUAUGACAUAUGACGUGAGACGAAUUAAAUCCGGACGUAGAGACUGUAUCCCACUUCUCCUGGCGCCUCGACCAAAAGAGGGUAUGCCAGCCUGGGAUGAACCUCUUCCACAGACUUCAAAUCGAGUUAUGAAAUAUUGGGCCACACUGUUGAUGCUUCCAGUCACAAAAGUUGUGGUCAUACUAUUGUCACUGACAUUGCUUGCUGCUGGAAUAUAUGGGGUCACCCAAGUGGAGGAGUCUUUUGAUAGGCGCAUACUGGCCAAAGAUGAUUCUUACUUGAAGCAAUUCUUGACAGCUCAAAACAAGUACUUUCAAGGUGGAAUGGAAGUGAAUCUUGUAGAGACUGGUAAGGUUGAUUACAAGCUAGACUCAACCCAGAAAAGCAUCAAACAGCUGACAAACAUCUUGACUGAGAAUGAAUAUUACCAGAACCGAUCAUUAUCCUGGAUGGAUACAUUUUCUCAGUAUGCCAAGAUGUCUAAGAAAAACAUUACUGGCUCGGGAUUUCUACGCGAACUAAAACAAUUCCUCCAGAUUCCCACCUUUUCUUAUUACAAGCAGGACCUGAGGCUUUCGGAGGAUGGAAAAAAAAUAGAAGCUUCUCGUGUCAUUGGUUUUAUGAAGAGUUCCAGCAGCUCCACUUUCCAUAAGAAUGCAAUGCUCACACUCCGUGAAGACAUUGAAAAGAAAACAAACCUGGAAGCCUUUCCAAUAGUUCGAUAUUUCAUAUUUUUUGAAAUGUACGCUAUUGUGACAAAGGAGACCAUACGAAACCUGAUUAUAUCAGCCUUAGCAGUGUUUAUUGUCACAAGCCCCUUCUUAGCAGACUGUACGGUGACGCUCCUGGUGGUGUUAAACUUUAUAGCCCUGGUUUGCGAGUUGUUCGGUUUAAUGGUAAUCUGGGAUGUGGCUCUGAACUCUGUGUCCAUGAUUAACCUUGUUAUGGCUAUUGGCUUCGCAGUUGAUUACAGUGCACACAUCGCCCAUGCUUACAUAACAUCUAAGAAGGCAACUGCCAAUGAACGAGUAGUGGAUGCUCUGACUACACUGGGUGCAAGUGUUUUUAUGGGAGGUAGGUUAGGAGCUCAAUUAUUAACUUCAAAUGUUAUGUUUUCAAAAAUAAGAAGCCUUUCCCACCACCACAAAAAUUUCUUCUGUCAGCAUUUUAUUCCAAAGAGCUGAUUGACAUGUGCUUCACAAGACACACAGCUUUGAUAUUUCUGCAGUGGAAUCAUGUGUACUUGAAGCAUCUGUUAGUCGAGUAUUGGUAGAUACCAUCGGUUGACAUGUUGACUAAGUGUUGGUUGUUAUAAUGGCUCAUAGGCAACCCACAUGCUGACGGAGUAGCGGCCGAUGUUGACCGAAAUCGGUGGCCUCUCAACCAACACACAUGUCAAACGAUAUUUGGUAGACAUGCUGCUGAUACUUUACCCACACACUCAGCCCAGACGAUUUUCGCUUGAUUUGCUCUUGUUAGUGAGUUCUAUCUACUCUACUCCAAUGUUAACUUAUUUUCUCCGGCCAAAGUCUUUGUUUGCGUAAUAUAUGGCUUAGGAAAAGAAGCUAGGACAGCUACCAUUCCAGCAAAACAAUGGUUAACAAUACACAUAUACCACCCACAGUCUACCCAUAUGCCACUGACCCUCGACUAAUAUGCUGCUGACUGUUGAUCGCAAUGUACUGGUCGAGGUGUCAGACGAGUGUCAACCAACAUAUAGACCAAGUAGAAACUGAUAGUGGUGACCAACAAUCUAGCUGGUAUCUAGCAUGGCAACCCAUAGUUGGCUGACUGUCGGUCAACAUGUCUGUGGAGUAUCGACUGACUCACAGUCGGCAUGUCAGCCAGCAAUACUGGUCGAUACUUGGCCAACAGAUGCCUUAAGUACUCAUGAUCCUUGUAGUGUAGCUAGAUUAAGAUUCUAUAAAUAUAGCCAUCAAUGUUGGCUCUUUUUUUCAAGUUAGAUUUCUUAAGAAUAGGAUUUACAGUUAGAGCAUUUUUCCAGAUACUAUGUGUGCAUGAUUUGAAAGCCUUCUAAAUUUAUCAGCACUGUAUAUGUCAUGAACUCCUCUAAAGUUCUCUUUUUGUCUGAUGAAGGAUUCAGUACCUUCCUUGGCAUGGUUGUGCUUGCUUUUGCUGCCUCAGAGAUUUUCCGCAUAUUCUUUCGGAUGUUUUUUGGCAUCGUUGUGCUUGGCCUUUUUCACGGCUUGUGUAUCCUGCCAGUUUACAUGUCCUUCCUCUGCUGGAGACCUGCUGUUAUCACAACUCCCUCGGUGAGGGGCACUUCUGGUAAAAAUGAAGAAGGAAAAGCAUCAGAAAAUUCCCUCAGUGACUUUCAGGAUGAUAAACCAGCCAGCCAAAAGAAAGAAAACGUUGCUGUUGAGAUGGGAAUUCAAAAUUUGGGGAUCGAAGAAGACAGAGACGAGGUUGAGAUGAGUGCAAAAGAAGCAGAGAACAAGAUAAAACAGGCUAACCUAAACACUACUCAUAAUCCAGGAAAAGGAGUAGGUCUUCCGUGUAGUGCAGAAGACCCAAGUACACGAAGCAACGACAUUGUAACCAUCGUUUCCAGUAUCUCAACUAAAGACCUUCAGAAGGAGACUAAGAGCACAGAUGGACCAGCCAACCAACAGACAGUGAAGAAUGGUCUCAAUAUACCAAUUAAAAACCUGGGAUAUAAUGCGGAUGAACACAAGGCUGAGAUAAACAUAACAGAGACAGAAGGUAAAUUCAAACAGCCCUAUAACUGACUCAAACACAUUUCAUGACGCUAAAAAUUAAGAACCAAAGAUACAAAGUAAUGACAUUGUUACCAGCAUUUCCAUCAUCUCAACAGAUAGUGCUGAGAAGACUGAGAACUCAAGCAACAACAAACCAGCCAACCGGCAAACAGGAAGAGACCUUGUUGUUGGAGGAAUGCAGAACAAGCAAAGUGAAGCUGUCAGAGGCACAGUUGCCAUGAAUUUAACAGGUAAAGGUUUGAAUGAAGAUAGGUGUUCUUGGAAUGAAAAAGAGCCCCAGAUUACUUCACUUUAAAUUUGCUAUUACCAGCUAAAUCUUACGAGAUAACAGUGCAAUUUGAAACUGAAGAAGAUUUCAAAGCUGAAGUAUUAAGAGUUUAGAGUGUUAAGCUGGCAAUUGACAAGAUGCAGCUGUAUCAGUAAGCUUAAAUUGAAAAUCAGUGUAAAUAUUUUGCGACGAUUUGCCUAAAUUUCUUAGUUAGUGUGAAACUUUGGGUAUGAUACUUUUGGAACUAAUAGUUCCAUAGGACAACCACAGUUCAGUGACCACUCAUUAGUAGGAAAUUGUGAAGAACGACUCCCUGAAAGGACAGCUUUCUAACAGUUGUAAGCACACCUGAUAGCCACCGUUGAUCUGUUGGUUAUCUGUCUGUAAAUUGUCAGUAAUAACAUUACUCUCAGCUGACUGUCGGGCGACAGGUGUGCUUAAACUGUUGACUGACAGUCAACUGACUCUUGGCCAACAGUCUGCUGACAGUUGGUUGACCUACUUUAUACCAACUGUUGGCCGCCUAUCAGCAGACUGUCAGCCAAAAGUUUAAAGCACAGUUGCCAGAUGACAGUCAGUAGUCUGUUACUGAUCUGUCAGUAAGUUGUCGGUAACAAUAUUAUUGUAUUACCGCAUUUAUCAUCCAAACUUCAGGGGAUGUAGAAGCUACAUCGAAUAGAGAGUUUAGGCCCCAUCUAGCGCCAGUACUUACAAGAGUUGCGAAAAUACUGGAGUUGCAAUCUGCCAUAUUGGAAAGUUAUGAAGACCCCAUGAGUUCACUAAAUGCAGUUUGCACAUGACGAACUGAUAAAUUUAUUUUUAGAGCAGACAAAUAAAGAGGGAGGACGAAGACAUGUUUGAUCAGUUCAGUCAAAGUUUUGUUUUAGAUGUUAAUUCACGGUUAUAUUGCCAAUUUGUAACCUUUCUGUGGCUUAUCAGUGACCUGUUGGUUAUUUUCCUGUGUGUUUUUCAGGGAGCUGUUCUUAAUAAUUACCCAUUGGCAGCUUCUUGAUUUCUAAUGUCCAACGCCUUAGUUCAGUUUGAGUUGUAUUUCAAUAUUCAAUUGCAUUUUGUUCUGGUCUGUGGUUAAUUAAUUUAUGAACUUCAUUGUAGCUUUGUAGAACAUUAUUGUUGGCCAGAGUUUGUCAUCCUUAAGCUGAUUUUGAAUACCAAGAGAACAGUUUAAGAACCCUUAACUGCAAUAACAUCCUGAAUCCUCAAGGGCAAGGAACUAUGUGGUGGAAAGAUUAUAAGGCUGCUUUGGUCAGAUUUAUGAUAGGUGCAAGGAGUCUGGAAUGAGGAAAAUAUUAUAAAGAAAAUAUGUAUCAUUCAAAUGUUUUUCAAAGUGGAAAAACUGCCAUUCGUGUUUUGCAUCAGUUUUACAUCAAGUCAUUUGAUGUAAGUGCAAUAUGUGACGUAAAUUAGUACCUUUAAUACAUUCAAAGUAUAUGCGAAGUAUUCAAAUAAAAAUAGUCAGA